CUGCCCUGCCUGCACCAGACAGCUCGUACGUAAGUAAACCGGGGGAGCUCAGCAAUACAUUACCAUCCUUCCCGCACCUCUCUGCGCUCCGCGUCACCGUCGACCAUCCCUUUCCCUUUUCUACCUUGUCUUUGUCUCGAACUCUGCCCUGCCUUGCCUGUCUUGCCUGUCGGCGCUGCUCGUCUCAUUUUCCCAUUCCAAUUCCGCCGUCGGACCCGACCCGACAACCCCCCACCCCGCCACUGCAGUAGUAGCAGCAGCAGCAGCAGCAGCAGCAGCAGCAAGGCUCCCAGAAUAAGGUACGGUCUAUCUGGUCUUGAUGUGUGCUCCCCACCUGAGUGUGUGUGUUUGUGUUUGUGGGUUGAGUGAGAGAGAGCCCACCGCAUUUUACUCGGCUCGACAGUCAGCCUGGACUCGAGCUUGACUCGAUCUCCAUCACGUACCAUGCUCACUUGUCUGGUGACGACUUGACACGGGGACUUCAGUGUCGCUUGUCGUCUUUGUUCGCUCGCCAUUCCUUGCCCCCCCUCGCCCAACCUCCUUGCCGACUCCUCCGCCCCCCCCCCCAACCGACCCAGGAAAGAGGGCAGCGCGCACUUCUGCACUCGGCUCUCUUUGCUGACGAUUGUUGGCUGCAAACGUUACUUUCUUGCCCCCUUUUGCCCCCGUGCCAGACUCGCCUCUCUUCUUGAUUUCUUUCCCCCUUCAUCUCUUUCUUUCUAGCCCCUUCCGUUUGCCCGUUUUGUUCGUGUACCAUGAUAUCAUCCGUGACCGUGGCGCUCCCGCACCGGGUUCAGGAAAAGAGGGCACUCACACUCAUGGCUUGUAGGCUGACAUUCCUCGAGGGGCGGCAGAAGAUCUAGAAGAUUGGAGAGGACGGUCCGGAAUUGGGCCUUGGAACGAACGGAAACUCGGUUUCGGCUCGGCUCAGCUCAUUCACGGCGAGGCCUUGAUGAAGGUUGGCGAACUCGAGUUCGAGAAAGGCGAAACGACCAGACGGAGCACGGCCAGAAACGGCGCACACCCUAAAGGCCUAGAGGGCGACCAGCCGUCCCGUUCGUGGUGCCUUGGUGUGUCUUGGGGCUGUUUCUUUUUGAGAUUGACGAGCCCUGCGCGCCAGAUCAGGACCUGAUCUAGGUAGUAGCCUUCCGGGCUGUCCCGCUAAGUACUUACCGUACCAAAACCACCCACCCGGGCAGGCAGGCCAAGGGGGGGUACUCGGCUGGGCUGUACUGUGCUGUGCCGUACCGUACCGCACCCGCACCGUACCGCACCGUACCGUGCCUGCACUGCAGACUGGCAGUCCCGCCAACCGCGACUGCUUGCUACUGCUGCUACUUUCGACUGCAACUACGAGGCCUGGCGAGGGAGUUUCCGACUAUAAGGAAGGGUGUUCCCGCCCCGAAUCAACUUCUCCACACUUUGGGAAUUUUGCGUCGGCCCCUUCCAAAUUUUGCCAAAUUACAUUGCUUGCAGCAACCCCAAGCAAGGUGACAAAGAGAGUACCCUCUGUUUUCCUCCCCUCUGCGAAACCUCGUCCUCGACACGACACCGCACAGCGCGCGCGCGCGCACACACCCAACACACCCACACCACCCACCACAUACUACACGCACAUAGACACACACACACACGCACACAAUAACCAGCACAGCACCAUCCACAAAUACCAGCGCAACAUCAUCCACGGCCUUCAAUUGACCGGAAUUCCCAACCCUCCUGGAUUACGACCAACCCAAUCCUGGUGCAUGCAGCAUCCCUCUGAGCUGUGCUACCAGGUGUGGUGUUUAAAUACCGCUCGGUACGACUAGUAUUGCUUUUACUACUACCGUUGCGACCGAUUCCGCCAGCCAGGCCGUUUUGAUUGACACAGCCUCGGCGGUUACGCCACUGUCGCAUAGCAGCUGCUUCUAGAACAAUUUUCUGGGAGACCACAAAAACACACGGGACAAGAAGAAUAGACCCGCGACGACCAUCCUCCAGACUUCUCGUUCGACUUGUUCGAGCCGUGGUCAGGCUGGCGCCGAGCACACUCCGCCAGUUUAGGAUGUCAGAUCAGGAUGGUGGCAGGGGCCAUCCCGCCCGAGAAGCCCAAGAGUCUGCGUAUCCACCGCCUCCUGGCGAAGAAGACGACCGCUCAAGGUCAUCUUACCACCACCUGCCUCCUCCUCCUCAAGCGAGCGUGACUCUCCCGCCAAUCCAUGACGCCCACCCGGCCUACGGCGGGAGUCGCUACCCACCACCUCCAGAUCCCAGGACGCGAGGGACCUACUCUGCUUCACCUACCGGUGGGCCAAACGGCUAUCCCGCUCCACCUGGUGGCAUGUACAACUUACCACCUGUUCAGGCGCCGCCGGAUCAGCGACACUACGGGGUUGAGCCACGCGACUACUACGCGCGUGGUGGAUCCUUUCCUCCGCAUCCUCAGCCCGAACCUUACAGCUAUGGCGGAUACCGACCGCCUUCCGGGCCUCCUUACGGUGCCUAUCCUCCCGAGUAUGCGCGCGGUCCGGGUGGCCCACCACAACAGGCUGCGCCGCGGCAGAGGACUUCAAUAGCAUGCCGCUACUGCCGCAAACGUAAAAUCCGUUGCAGUGGUUACAGCCAGACGCCCGACGGGAAAUGUACAAAUUGCAGGAAAACGGGCAAUGAGUGCAUUUUCCAGCCUGUUUCCUCAUCCUCGACCACUGCAUUUGUCCCUGUGUCGGCUGUGCCCGGCGGUGUACCCCCCGGAACACCUUUGUUCGGCGCUUUCGGACAGCCGUUGCCGCAGGGAGGAGCACAACCAGGACAGCCUGGAGGGGCGCCUCAGCCACCCGCUGGUGGCUCGCAGCAGCCGUAUCCUCCUUCGGAAAACUACGCCUUGCCCUCGCCCACUGGCUCUUACUACCCCCCGCCUCCAGAAGACAGGAGUGGAGUCCCACAGCGACGGUUGCACGAAGAAGAGCACGGGCAGCGCCUGCCCCCUCCGCACGUCUACGGUGAACCUGACCCGCGAAGGCGCUCUCCCGCAUCCUCUGCACCCGGUGGCACUCCGCCGCAGUACGAGUAUCCACCUCCAGACAGGACCUCGACUCCUAGCCAGCGCAGAGAGAGCCCGAACGCGGCUCAGUCUGGGCAGCAGGGCGGCAGUGUCAUGGCGCUGAGCAGCCUGAUGGACCACCCACCCCCACGCCCCCCGCCAAGCUCUGACUCGAGUCGCGAUAUCGAUCAGAACAUGCUCGGACGGCUGAACCGACGGACCUAGCAAGGAGGAUUGGUAGCCAUAGGACAAUCGGUCAUGGCACGGGAAUUAGGACUCGCCCUGUGACGAACCACGGAAGUAUUCGCCUCGGCGCGACAACGAGCUGGUUCACGGCGCCCCGCGUGACAGUAGUCCGGCCUAUGGACGGCAUCGAUAGAUCUCUGCUGGACAGUCUUGAUCCAUUCGUUUGUGAAGCACGCGUUUUCUUAAUCUUUCGACUUUCCAGCAUCCUCAUCGACAACUCGGUUUGCUUUUCUCGAACUACUAUGAUACCCCCCGAUUGUUUGGAAGAUUGUCUGCCAUGGGAAUUAACGUGGCUACUCGGGCAUGGAUGGGUAAUUUGGGAAGUCGGACGGGAUUGCCGCGUUUUACUCGUUGGGACGGGGCGGGGUGACGGAGCGGGAAAGACGAAAGGGAUUACAGGAAAUUCGGGGAUUCAAACACAGGCCCACUAUUGCAUGUCUUGAAAGAGCAAAACUGUCACCAAACAAAAAAGGGUAAUUUGUUGCCAGCGACGGGACAGAGGCGGCGGCGGGGCGGAGGAGAUCUCGCAACGACCUUGGCAAACCUCUUCUGUGUGUGGGCGGGCGGGCAUUUCAGCAAUUAGAGAUGAUCUCAUCGGUUUGGCGACAAACAACACACACUCGCAACAGCCUAGCCCUUCUGCUUUUUAUCAUCUCUUCCUCUUCUUUCCUGCAGCAGAGGAAAACAAAGUAAUGCCGGGGGAUACCUCUUUUUGUUUUCCUUUUUGUGCUUUUACUCCUGCAUCUGUCUUGGCAUUUUUGUUUCUUCCUUGCCUCAUGUACAGAAGGGCGAGAUGGCACCUAACAGCAAAUUUGGAGGGGUUGAAAGAAGGAUUGCCUCACGGCAGAAGAGAAGGCUGCAAUCAAAGUCAUGCUUUUUUAUGAUUUCUAUUUUGCCUCUAUUGCGUUCUACCUGAUGAUUACGCAUGCUAUUUGUCUCCUGCUCCCAUCCUUCCUCUGUGUUUACUUUUUUUGUUUUUGGUCAUGUCCUCCUUCAUGCUCAUGCAAAAUGUUGAUUCUUUGUUGCCCUCUCUGUACAAACCAUCCAUUCACCCUUCUUCCCACUGCGGCUUCUUAUUCAACUGUUGUCUACCUGCCAGCCUGUGCUGGCUGGGGAAAAAGUGG